AUGAUGAUAGCCCUCAAAGCCAUUCAAGCUUCCUUUACAUACAGUAGUAACCAUGUUUUUUUCCAAACCAGAAGAAUUACAACAUACACAAAGAACCCCAUACUGUGUCUCAGCAAAUCGAAUGAUUCUGAGUCGGAUUCUGACCCCGAACCGGAAGGUGACACUCGAAAACAAGACCUGCUUGCUCAAAUAGCUAUGUUGCAGGCUCAAAAGGUUCGUCUAACGGAUUAUUUAGACGAAAGAUCGGCUUAUCUCACACAAUUUGCUGAAGAAGCUAAUGCUGAGUUUGAUAAAGUUGGUGAAGAUGCUCUUAAAGGACUUGAAGAAGCUAGUGAAAGGAUAAUGGAGAACAUUGAGAGUCAAAUGCAAGCUUUUAAAGAAUCACAAGAAUUGAACAUGCAAGAGAUUGAGAUGAAUGAAGAUCAAUUAGCAGAAUUUGAAGAUCAAAUGGAGAAAGAAAGGAAUGAAGGUUUGUUCUUUAAGAACUUGACAGAGAAAAAGCCUAUAGACACAGCAAAAGCAAUGGAGGAAGCUGAGAAAGUUAAGGAGGUUACUAAAGAAAAAGUUGGGUCUAAAGCAAGGAGGAAUCUUUACCUUGCUUUAAUCACGGUGCUUGCUGUUGGGAUUGCGGACUCGUUGGUCACUGGAUCGGAUUGGCGAAAAGUUGCAGUUCUUGGAGCUAUUUUAGUUGCUUUGUUUUCCCAGUUUAUCUAUGAACAGACAGUGUUAUCAGAAGAGGAAAAAACAGAAAAGAAUGAUGAAAACAAGUAAAGGCUCUUCUUAUUAUAUCUAAUCUAACAAAUGGUGUAGCAUGAUUGAAUAACCCCAAGUAAUAACUUAAUACUUGGGUUUGAUA